AUGUCUCUUUCUAACAAGCUAACUCUGGACAAGCUGGACGUAAAAGGGAAGCGAGUAGUCAUGAGAGUGGACUUUAAUGUUCCUAUGAAGAACAACCAGAUAACCAACAACCAGAGGAUCAAAGCUGCCAUCCCAAGCAUCAAAUUUUGUUUGGACAGUGGAGCCAAGUCUGUUGUUCUUAUGAGCCACCUGGGCAGGCCGGAUGGUGUCCCCAUGCCUGACAAAUACUCCUUAGAACCAGUUGGUGUAGAACUUAGAUCUUUGCUGGGCAAGGAUGUUUUGUUCUUGAAGGACUGUGUUGGCCCAGAAGUGGAGAAAGCCUGUGCUGACCCAGCUGUUGGUUCUGUCAUCCUGCUGGAGAAUCUUCGCUUUCAUGUGGAAGAAGAGGGGAAGGGAAAAGAUGCUUCUGGGAAUAAGGUGGGACCUAUGACAUUAUUAGGACCAGCUGAAAUAGAAGCCUUCCAGGCUUCACUGUCCAAACUAGGGGAUGUCUAUGUAAAUGAUGCUUUUGGCACUGCUCACCGAGCCCACAGUUCCAUGGUGGGAGUGAAUCUGCCACAGAAGGCUGGUGGUUUCUUGAUGAAGAAAGAGCUGGAUUACUUUGCCAAGGCCUUGGAGAACCCAGAGCGACCUUUCCUGGCCAUCUUGGGCGGAGCUAAAGUUGCAGACAAGAUCCAACUGAUCAAUAAUAUGCUGGACAAAGUCAACGAGAUGAUUAUUGGUGGGGGAAUGGCUUUUACCUUCCUUAAAGUGCUCAAUAAUAUGGAGAUUGGCACUUCUCUGUUUGAUGAAGAGGGAGCCAAGAUUGUCAAAGAUCUGAUGUCCAAAGCUGAGAAAAAUGGUGUAAAGAUUACCUUGCCUGUUGAUUUUGUCACUGCUGACAAGUUUGAUGAGAAUGCCAAAACUGGUCAAGCCACUGUAUCCUCUGGUAUACCUGCUGGCUGGAUGGGCUUGGACUGUGGUUCUGAGAGUAGCAAAAAGUAUGCUGAAGCUGUUGCUCGUGCUAAGCAGAUUGUGUGGAAUGGACCUGUGGGAGUAUUUGAAUGGGAAGCUUUUGCCCAGGGAACCAAAGCUCUCAUGGAUGAGGUUGUAAAAGCCACUUCUAGGGGCUGCAUCACCAUUAUAGGUGGUGGAGACACUGCCACUUGCUGUGCCAAAUGGAACACGGAGGAUAAAGUUAGUCAUGUGAGCACUGGUGGUGGUGCUAGCCUGGAGCUUCUGGAAGGUAAAGUCCUUCCUGGGGUGGAUGCUCUCAGCAGUGUUUAG